UCUUUCUUCCUCCGAUAUAUAUUAUCUAAAUAUAUAUAUAUAUACAUACUUUCUUUUAAAUGUAUUUGUACAAUUCGCGACACUUUCGUGGCCCAUCUCUAGCAGAAAGUAUACAGCAACAUAUGCAACUAAAAGGAACAGACCCAUCAAGAUGCAAAAUGACACUUGCAAUGUCGAGUUAGAUGUUAGAUACAAGCGAGAUCAGAUGAGGAGAAGCAUUUUACGUGAAUCUUCCUCGUCGAGACGAGUGGCAAUCCGUUAUACAUGAUGUUAAAGCUGAAUAAAUUCAUGUCUAAGGUUACACGCGGAUUCGUGCAAUGUGCGUGUGUGACGUACUGCAUGUACGAAUAUGUAGGAGAUAUCGUUGUGUGCAGUGGUCCAUCCAUGGAACCUACAUUAUAUACUAACGAUGUAUUAAUUAUGGAACGAAUAUCGGUUAGAUUACAAAGGCUCAAGAAAGGCGACAUUGUCAUUUCUAAAUGUCCUACCAAUCCGAAACAAAAUAUAUGCAAGCGAAUUGUAGGCUUGCCCGGCGAUAACAUAAGGAAUGGCCUGAAUAUAACGACGAUACCUUAUGGAUAUGUUUGGUUAGAAGGUGAUAACAGUAAUAAUUCUACAGAUUCAAGAGUAUAUGGACCAGUGCCUCACGCAUUAUUACGUGGACGAGCUUUAUGUAAAAUAUUUCCCUUGAGAGAGAUAACCAUAUUUACAACAAAAUACGUGACCUAAAUUAAUCAUAUAUAGAAAAAUAUUUUCAUCGAUUAAGAAUUACGGAAAAAUAAUCACGGAACAAUUCUUAGGUUAGUUUAGGUUAACUUGUAAGAGAAAAUAAAGUUCCUUACAUAUGUUAUGUAUUAGAUUUAUUUAGGAUUACAUAUAGAUUUGAGGUGUAUAUUUACGUGUGUGUAUUUCAUAAUCCUUUCAAAAAUAUAUGAUUAUAUUUGUUU